CUACAAGCAUUCGUCUCUUCUGCAGGGUUUGUAUUGUAAUUUUAGAUAAAUAUUAAAAAUAUUUCAACGAAUUUUUUUAUUAUUAUAACAGUACUAUGGUCUCCUUCAGAAAAUGGCGGUGCAAAUAAUGCAUCAAAUUAAAUGCCUAAUUAUUUUGCUUUGCUUUUUUUUUUAAUCUGGCCCAACUGCUACUUCCACAAGCCAACCCAUUUGAGUUAUAGUGUUGUAUUAUUAAGGUUGAACAUUUGCCAACACAUAACUUCAUAGUAUCGUUGCACAUGUUCCAUCCAGUUAUUUAGUGUAGCGCAAAUGAGAGACCGAGAUGAAAAUGGUAUACUUCGCUCACAACUUUAAUUUGUUAGCACAUUAAAGCAAUAAUAGUCGAUAUCAAACACUUCAUUCUAUUGUAAAGUAACACCAACGCGAAAAUAAAAAAGACGAGUGAUUUUCCGAUAAUCAAGACAAGUAUGAGAACGAUAUUCCGACGGAAUGAGAAAAUAGUAAACGGUUCAACUCUCAUUGAAGAUGAGUUGAAAAUCCAAUUUGUCGACUGGUGAGGGAGCAGAGCACCACAUGGCCCGUCCCACUGAAAACAAUUCUUCUCCCUGAAACCGUGAGAUUUAAGGUACUGAACAAUUUUCCCAAUUUCUCUCCAUCUCUCUGUAUUCUCUCCCCUGUUCUUUUCCUGUUCGAUUCUCUUCUUCUUCUUCUUCUUCUUCUUCUUCUCCAAUUCACCUCCAUUUUUGAAGUGUUAAUCGGCUGAUCUAAUAGAGUGGAGAGGGGGAAAAAAAAGAGAGGCAGAAUUAAGAAUUCCAGCUCCGAAAGACACAGAAGAGGACGCGAGCAGAAGUAGACAGAAAGCAGCGGAAAACCCGUCAAAAGAAGCUCUUUCUCACAGUCCAGGUUGGUAAUUCCAACCCAACACAAAAAAGCCACAGCACAAGUAAAAAUAGAUGUUCUUCAUGAUGGAUCUGUAUGAAAAUGGACGAUCAGAGCUUUAAUUUUGCUACUUCUUUACCUACUGUUCUUACUUGAAACACUUCUAAUCACAAAAAAAAUUGUUUACCUUCAAGUCCUUCAUUUGUUGCUUUCUCUAAUUGUAACCCUUGUUUGCUUGUGAUAUUGUUUCUUCCCCCUCCAUAGGAGAGAUUUCCAUUUGAUAGAGAUGGGGAAGACUGGGAAAUGGCUGAAGAAUUUCUUGACUGGGAAGAAAGAGAAGGAGGGAGAUAAUAACAACAACAGAGAGAAAGACAGUGGUGUUAUUAGCUCUCAGGAUUCUACUGCUAGUGUUGAGAAUCCAGCCGCCACUCCAAUUUCUCACCCACCAACUACUCCUAAGGAGAAGCGGAGAUGGAGUUUCAGGAGGUCAUCUGCCACAGCGAUGGCCAAUCCAGUAGAGCCACCUUCUGUCCCCGCCGCCCCUGCAACGCUGCCGGCUCGAUUGGGUUCGGAAAAUGAGCAGAAGAAGCACGCAAUGGCCAUGGUUGCUGCUACAGCUGCGGCGGCCGAUGCUGCGGUAGCUGCUGCACAGGCUGCCGCUGCUGUUAUCCGACUGACUGCUGAAAGGAAGAGAGCAAUUGAAGAGGCCGCCGCUGUCAUGAUUCAAUCCGUGUUCCGAUCUUACCUGGCGACCAAGGCACUGCGAGCGCUGAAAGGAUUGGUGAAACUGCAGGCAUUGGUGAGAGGCCAUCUGGUGAGGAAACAGGCCACCGCCACGCUUCGCUGUAUGCAGGCACUGGUGACCCUCCAGGCCAAAGCUCUAGCUCAGAGGAUUAGAACGGCGGCGGCGGAGGACGGGAAGCCUCCCAUCAGUGGCCAGAGACCCUACUCUUCUUCACACAGGAAAUCAACCCAAGAGAAUCGAUACAGACACAUUAAUUACGAUUCCAACAGAGGCGCGGAGGAAAACAUCAAGAUCGUGGAAAUGGAUCUCGGAGCUUUAGAGGGAAGCACAAAGAGCCGGAACAGCUAUUCCUCUCACACCCGACCACAACCCGAAAGAACAGAUCGGAGAUUCUCCAUUCAAUUCACGAAAUCGGAUUUCCAGGUGUCGCCGACGCCGUCGGCGUUAACGGAGAUGAGCCCCAGAGCUUGCAGCAGUCAUUUCGACGACUACUCAAUCGACACCGCACAAAGCAGCCCGCAGUACUACUCCUCGGCGGUGUCGAAACCCGACCCGUCGGUUCUCCCGCCGUUCUUGCCCCGACCGGAUUACCCGGAAUCCGUGUCGUACGAUCACGCACAGUUCCCGAGUUACAUGGCGAACACGGAGAGCUCGAUGCGUAAAGUUCGGUCCCAGAGCGCGCCCAAGGCUCGGCCGCCGGAGCAGCCCAGCACCCGGCGGCGGGAAGGGAGGAACGUCCCGCGUGCGGUGCGGAUGCAGCGGUCGUCGUCGCAGGUGGGAGCCGCCGGUCAGAAUUACCAAUUCCCGUGGGCGAUGAAGCUCGACAGGUCGUCGGUUUCGGUGCUGGAUAAUAGCGAAUGUGGAUCCACUACUAGUACCGUGGUCACUAAUACAAAUUACUGCAGAUCUCUUGUCGGCUUUGAUAUUCAAAAGCAUAGAUAGGAACACAAGGAUGCAAUUUGGUUAUGAUGCAUACGAUACAUUUGCGUAACUGCUUAAGUGGUUGGUUGGAUUGCAAGUUUCCUCGUUUUAUGAUGAUCAGCGGUAAUCUUUGUAUGUUUAAUAAUCGAAUUGAAAUGGAGAAAAUUACUGUGAUGUCGAAGGUGUGGAGAGUGAUGGAGAGACUGCAAAUGAAGUUUGGCCAUUGGUGUUUUUCCAGUCAAGUAGGUGGUGUGUUCACUGUUUUCUUUUGCUAAUUUUACUUUCUUCUGUGUAUGUGUGCAUAAACUAUAGAGCUUUUUUUCAUCCCGUACGAUUGGUUGUUGUAAACUUGUAAUCAUUUAUUGCUUUUGGAGUCACUGUUUCAGUGAAUCUAGUAAUUGGGAUGACACUGUAAAAAUUAUAGAGGGCAAAAUCCCUUCGAUAUCUUUCAUGUACUGUUCAACACAUUGUGUAAUUGUACUGAAAAUUGUAUUAGAUUAAUUGACAAUUAUGGUUUAAUUAAGGGUUAUAGGUAUAAUAUGCCCCUCUACUAUAACGUUUUAUCAAAAUAAAAAAGUUAAAUGGUAAUAGGUGGAAAAACCAAAAAUUUGGUGACUUGGAAGUGUCAUGGCGCGUUGACCAUUAGUCAACGCAUUUGACCGUCCAAAAUAACAGUAAGAUCUCGGGUUUGGCCAAUUUAGUAACUUCGAUACAUAGUUGAGACCACGAUGUUAUAGAUAGAAAAAAUUGGUCAGUAUGUAUAAUUUGUGAAAAGUUCGGGCCAUGCAAAUAUAUUAACCCUUAACUAAAGUCUAAACUCAACACUGACAUUAAACUAAACAUGUUGAUGAUAAUGAUUUCCUCUAAACCUUAUCGAUCCACUUUGACAUUUAUAAUCGCCGAUUUAAGUAUUGACAAUAGUUUGAAAUAUCUCCUGAGACAUAUGUGUCAGUCCAAUAAGAUAAUAAUUUUUACGAUUUCACCACUCAUCUUUAGGGCUGCAAAUGAGCCAAACCGCUUGCGAGCAAUUCGGCGUUCAAAUCGGAAAAAACUCGUUCGACACUCGACUUGUUGUUUAACAAGCCGGCUCGCGAGUCUGCUCGUUAGUAAACGAGCCAAGCUUGAGCUAGGCCAUACUCGACUUGAUAAGCUCGUGAGCUAGCUUGACUCGAUGGCUUGUUGAGCUAAGCUCGCAAGCUGGCUUGUUUAAAGCUUGUGGAAUGAUUAAUUGGGUAAUACUUAGCGGCAACUUAGCGGCAACCUAGGGAGCAGCCCGCCCCUGCUACCCGUCCACACGUUAUCUCCUCAUUGGCGCAUUUAAAAAAAAAAUCACUGUCCAAAAGCUUGAGAACCCAUUUGAAUUUUCGUUUAAUUUUCAUUUUGAAAGGUUAAUGCUAGUAGCUAGUAAGAUGAAAGAGACCCGCAGCGCUGAACAUAAUCACCCACGUCCACCCAAUGAAGAAACAAAAUUUUGACAAAUUAGUGUGUUAGAUAGUGAUAUAACAUUUAUAAUUAAUUUUUUUCAAUAAUUCGAGUUAGUGAGAUCAACUAGUUUAUGAUAUGAUAUCAGAGUAAGUUUGGCCAAGUGGUUGUGUGUUCGAAUUUUCAUGACCUCCAACAUUAACCCUUGAUUAAAGUACAAUAUAUGGUGAGUCUAUGUAAACUUAGCUCAUGAGUUAGCUUUCGUUGGUGUCACAGUGUUAGAUAAUGGUAUAAGAUCCAUAAUUAACAUUCUCCCGACUUUUGUUUGAGGGGACAUGUUAGAAAGUGAUAUAAGAUCUAUAAUUAACUUUUUCUAAUAAUUUGAAUUAUUGAUA